AAACGAGUGUGUGCAGUCUCCAGGUGUGUGUUCAGCAGGGGAGUGUGUGAACACCAUGGGCAGCUACAGGUGUGUGUGUCCGUCCGGAUACAGGAGCAGCAGCCAGCAGACCAGUUGUCAUGACAUCGACGAAUGUCUGCAGAAUCCCUGCAGCAACGGUCGCUGUCACAACACGCCGGGCAGCUACAGGUGCGUCUGUCGCCUUGGUUACAGACUCAGCGGAAACACCUGCACAGAUGUGGACGAGUGUGAAGACGCUCUGCAGUGUCCCGGUCAGGAGUGCAUCAACAGUCAGGGCUCGUACCGCUGCGUGUCCUGUCAGGCCGGAUACAAGCUGCACAACAGGCUCUGCACAGACAUCGACGAGUGUCGCCAGACUCCCUGCUCCAACGGUCGCUGUGAAAACACACCGGGAAGUUACCGCUGUGUCUGUCGCCAUGGUUACAAGCUCCACAACAACAACUGCACAG